AUGCCCGGACCGACCCAAGCCCUGUCCCCAAAUGGCGAGAACAAUAACGACAUCAUUCAGGAUAACGGGACCAUCAUCCCCUUCAGGAAGCACACGGUGCGGGGGGAGCGCUCCUACAGUUGGGGAAUGGCAGUCAACGUGUACUCUACCUCUAUAACCCAAGAGACUAUGAGCAGACAUGACAUCAUCGCAUGGGUUAACGACAUAUUAGCUUUAAACUACACAAAAGUUGAACAGCUCUGUUCAGGAGCAGCUUACUGCCAGUUCAUGGACAUGUUGUUCCCAGGGUGCAUUAGCUUGAAGAAAGUAAAGUUUCAAGCAAAGUUGGAGCAUGAAUACAUUCACAACUUCAAACUCCUGCAGGCAUCAUUUAAAAGAAUGAAUGUGGAUAAGGUAAUUCCUGUGGAAAAACUGGUCAAAGGGCGCUUCCAAGACAACUUAGAUUUCAUUCAAUGGUUCAAAAAGUUCUUUGAUGCUAACUAUGAUGGGAAGGAAUAUGAUCCUGUGGAAGCUCGGCAAGGCCAAGACGCAAUUCCCCCGCCGGAUCCUGGUGAACAGAUCUUCAACCUGCCUAAAAAGUCUCACCAUGCAAACUCUCCAACUGCAGGUGCUGCUAAAUCCAGUCCAGCUUCCAAACCAGGAUCAACACCUUCUCGCCCAUCUUCAGCAAAAAAAGCUGCACCAAGCAGCUCAGCAUCUAAAUCAGAUAAAGAUUUGGAAACCCAAGUCAUACAGCUCAGUGAACAGGUACACUCGUUAAAAAUUGCACUUGAAGGCGUGGAGAAGGAAAGGGACUUCUACUUUGGCAAAUUAAGGGAGAUUGAACUUCUCUGCCAGGAACAUGGGGGAGAGAAUAAUGACCUUGUCAAUCGGCUAAUGGAAGUCCUUUAUGCUUCAGAUGAUCAUGAGAGCCACACAGAAGAGCAUGAAGGUGAAGAGCAAGUCCAUGAACAGCCCCAGCAGCAGGAGGAGUACUGACUCAGCCAAGCCUCUCUGACAAUUUUCGUUUUGUGUGAGAACUUUCUUCUGGAGAAUGGAACAUGUGCGGCCUCAAACUUGAAAUCAGUUCACUCCCAGCCUGCCAUUAACAUUUCUGUACCAUAGUGAGUGCCAGCCAACCACUGCAUUCUGUACCCAUCCUUUGCCAAGAUGCAUUUGCAGACGUCUUCUUUCAGUGUAUCUUCCCAAGAGGUUUGUAGGGCUACAUCACCUACUGUACAUCACUGCAACUUUACCACUUGGCUGCUUGAGAUUUG